AUGCCCUGCCCAAGGGAUCAGGUGUUGCGAGAGCUGCUGCCCGCCCCCGGCAUCUUCCCCGGGGUGUACGGGAGAGGACUUUGGGAAUCUCGGCAUUACAUUUCCGUGGAUACGUCCCACGAGGGUGAGAAAGCAGUGCUGUCGAGCCCCGAGCUGUACUCUGAGGAGUGGAGCUGCCUCAGGCUGAUUUACCAGAUCGGAGCGGCCACGGGGACUUCGCCCGACCCCGCCAGGCUCAACCUGUACCUGAGGCGGGAAGAAUGUGACUUUGAAGAAAAUCAUCUUUGUGGUUUCGUGAACCGCUGGAACCCCAAUGUGAACUGGUUUGUUGGUGGAGGAAACAUUCGCAAUUCUCAGUCUAUCUUGCCCAAAGACCACACGCUCAACAGUGAACUGGGUCACUACAUGUAUGUGGACUCUGUUUACGUCAAACAUUUUCAGGAAGUGGCCCAGCUCAUCUCACCAAAGACCACGGCCCCAAUGUCUGGCUGUUUAUCCUUUUAUUAUCAACUUAAGCAGGAGAGUAGCAUUGUUUUUACUGUUUACUUGAGAGACACAAGUGGCUUUUAUGAAGAGAUCUGGAAAACAGACAGUGCACUGAGCGUGGAAUGGGCGCUAGCAGAAGUUGACUUCAAUGCGCCGUACCCCAUGGAGGUAAUAUUUGAAGUUGCUUUCAAUAGCGCCAAGGGAGGUUAUGUUGCCCUUGAUGACAUUUCUUUCUCUCCAGUUUACUGCAGCAAUCAGACAGGAACCCCUUUCAAUCCCGCUGAGGCAGGCUGCAAUUUUGAGGAAGAUCUGUGUAAUUUUUACCAGGAUCACAAAGAUGGCCUAGGAUGGAGCAGAGUGAAAGUGAAGCGUAACGUGUAUAGAGCAGGAGAUCACACUACUGGCUUUGGUUAUUACUUGUUGGCGAACACAAAGUUUACAACCCAGCCUGGGUACAUUGGACGUCUGUAUGGCCCGACUCUGCCAGGAAACUUGCAGUUUUGUCUGCGUUUUUAUUAUGCCUUAUAUGGGUUUUUCAAAAUGAGUGGUACUCUUGCUGUUUAUAUCUUUGAGGAGAAUCAUGUCGUUCAAGAGAAAAUCUGGUCUGUCUUGGACUCUCCAAAGGGAGUUUGGACUCAAGCUGAAAUCUCCUUCAAAAAGCCUAUGCCUUGCAAGGUUGUCUUUGUCAGCUGGUGUAAAAGCUUCUGGGACUGUGGACUAGUGGCGCUGGAUGAUGUAUCAUUGAGCCUGGGAAGCUGCCAGGCUGCUGAUCUAUUGCUGCCCAAUCCUGGAGAGUGUACUUUUGAAAAAGAUGAGUGUAUGUUUACUCAGAAGAAGAGAGGUCGUGGGAUUUGGCACAGGAGGAGGGGUCCAACUCCCACUUCUUACACUGGACCAAAAGGAGACCACACUACUGGGGAUCUACAUGUUGAGAAGUUCCUGACGUAUGACAUGUGUGAAGUACAUCCAGGACCCAAUCUGAACAUGAUUGUAGGUGCUAAUGGAACAGGAAAGUCAAGCAUUGUUUGUGCCAUCUGCCUGGGACUGGCUGGAAAACCUUCUUUCAUAGGGCGAGCUGAUAAGGUUGGUCUCUUUGUAAAGCAGGGGUGCUUGAAAGGUGUAGUAGAAAUUGAACUGUCUAAGACACCUGACAAUAUCAUUAUCACACGUGAGAUUCAAGUGGUGAACAACACAUCAGCAUGGUUUAUCAACAGAAAGCCAGCAACCCUGAAAACAGUGGAAGAGCAGAUCGUAGCCUUAAACAUCCAGGUGGAUAAUUUGUGUCAGUUUCUUCCUCAGGACAAAGUUGGAGAAUUUGCAAAAUUGAGUAAGAUUGAGUUGCUUGAAGCCACCGAAAAAUCCAUCGGUCCUCCAGAAAUGUACCAAUAUCACUGUGAGCUGAAAAACUUCAGAGAAAAGGAAAGAGAACUGGAGAACUUGUGCAGAGACAAAACUAACUCUUUGGAGAAAAUGAGACAGAGGGUUGAACGAUACAAGCAAGAUGUUGAGAGAUACCAUGAGCGCAAGCGCCAUCUAGACUUAAUUGAGAUGCUUGAGAGGAAAAGGCCUUGGGUGGAAUAUGAAAAUGUUCGUCAGCAGCAUGAGGAAGUCAAACAAAGCCGAGAGCAAGCCAAGGAAGAACUGAAGAAUCUGAAAGAAAUGCAGAACCCAGUGACAAAAAAAAUCCAGGAAACUGAAGAAUGUUUUAAAAGUCUAGAUAUGAAAAUCAGAGAUAAGGCUGCUGAAAUCAAAGACAGUUCUCAAAAAUGUAAACAGAAGCAAGAUGCUUUGGAGAUGAAAGAGAAACAAAUUGAAGAAAUUAAUCAAGCUUUGAGAAUGAAAAAAGAUGAAGAAAUGGACAGACAGAGGAAAAUACACAACACUCACAAGAUGAUAGAGGACUGGAAGAAUGAGCUCAGUAUGAUGGCAGCCUGUGAGAAUCUUCAGCCACAAAUUGAUGCUGUUAAUAAUGAACUGAAAAAAUUACAAGAGGAAAGGGCAAAUAUUGAUAGUGAUAUCAGUGAUCUAACAGCAGAGAAAAUGAACCAAGAGAGGGAAAAGAAAAGGAUAAUUGAUCGCCUUGAACAACUUAAUAAUAUAAUGAAUAUGAAGGAAGAGAAGCUUAAAGGGAGAUUCCGAGACACACACUGUGCUCUUAUGUGGCUAAGAAAGAGCAAAGACAAGUUUAAAAAAGAAGUUUGUGAACCCAUGAUGCUUGAAAUCAAUAUGAAAGACAACAGAUAUGCUAAAUAUGUUGAAAAUCACAUUUCGGCUAAUGACAUGAGGGCUUUUGUAUUUGAGAGUCAAGAGGAUAUGGAAAUGUUUCUUGUGGAGAUGCGCGAUCGUCAGAAACUAAGAGUGAAUGCUGUCUGUGCGCCUGCCGUAUCGUGUGCUGAAAGCUUACCUUCGAGACCUAUUGAAGAAUUACACCGAUACGGAUUUUUCUCGUAUUUACGAGAGUUAUUUGAUGCUCCUCAUCCUGUGAUGAGUUAUCUUUGCUCCCAGUACCGUGUUCAUGAUGUCCCUGUGGGAACAGAGAAGACCAGAAACAUGAUUGAAAGGGUCAUACAAGAAACCAGACUUAAGCAAAUAUACACAGCAGAAGAAAGAUACGUUGUGAAAGUAUCUGCUUAUACAAACCUGACCCUCACCACUAACACAUCCCUGAGGGUGGCACAGUUUCUUACUAGUUCAGUGGAUACAGAUGAAAGAAGACAGUUGGAAAACCAGCAACAGGACAUCAAUAACGCAUUAAAGUCAUUGGAUAUGCGUUUGACUACAUUGUUUGAGAGACAGAAACAUCUGGAACGCAGGGACAAUGAGCUCAGGCAUCAGAAGAAGGAGCUUUUAGAGACAGGAAACAGGAGGCGACAGCUGGAAUCAAAAAUUGCUAUGAAGUAUGAUAGUUUAAGACAGCUGGAACAAGAUGCUAUCAGCCUAGAGAAGGAAUCUCAACAGGCAAAUGUAAAGAUCAAAGAAAUAAAUACCCAAAAAGCAAGACUUGUUACUGAAUUAAUGCAUCUCAUAAAGAAUUGUGUAUCACUGAACAUGCUCAAAGCAGAUUUGGUUCUUCAGAGUGCUACAGUGGCUGCUGAGAAGAACAGACUAGAAUCAGAGUUUAAAGCAGCAAGUGCACAGCUAAGAGCUGCAGAGCAACAAUUUCGUGAACUGGAUGAUAGGAAGCGAGUUCUUACAGAGAAUUGCAAGGAAUUGCUGAAAAAAGCUCGUCAGGUCUGCAAACUGACCGCAGAUCAACAUCUUCCAAAAGAGUUUCAAACUGCUUUUCAGGCUCUUCCGACCACACUGGAGGAAAUUGAAGCUUUUCUGAAAGAGGAGAAAACCAGGGCCUCCUGUUUCACAGGCCUGAAUGCUUCGGUUGUUGAAGAAUACCAUAAGCAGACACAAGAAAUAGAGCAGUUGACAGAAUACCUAGAGGAAAAGAAAAAUGAAUUGGACAACUAUAAGAAAAACAUUUCACAGGUCAAAGAAAGGUGGCUAAACCCCUUGAAGAAGCUGAUAGAGCAAAUUAAUGGGAAGUUUAGCAAUUUCUUUAGUUCUAUGCAGUGUGUUGGUGAAGUUGAUCUUCAUGUGGAAAAUGAGGAGGAUUAUGACAAGUACGGGAUUCGCAUUAGAGUCAAGUUCCACAGCAGCACUGAACUUCAUGAAUUGACUCCAUAUCAUCAGAGUGGAGGUGAGAAAAGUGUUUCCACUAUGUUGUACCUGAUGGCUCUACAGGAACUCAACAGAUGUCCUUUCAGGGUUGUUGAUGAAAUAAAUCAGGGAAUGGAUCCAAUGAAUGAGAGAAGAGUUUUUGAAAUGGUUGUGAAAACUGCUUGUAAAGAGAGCACGUCUCAGUACUUCUUUAUUACGCCAAAGCUCCUGCAGAAUCUCACUUACAAUGACAAGAUGACGGUGUUGUUUGUCUACAAUGGACCUUUUAUGUUGGAGUCAAACAAAUGGAACUUAAAGGCUUUCUGUAGGCGGCGGCGACGACUUGGAAGGAUGGAUGAACAGUGA